GGCAAUUGUCAGCUCCAUCCGGUCCGCCAGAAAACAACAUUUCUGGACUGAUUCUGAUCUAUACCAGUACGUAGCUACCUACGUACCAGGUUAACCAGCCUCCGAGGAAUUUCAGUUCCUCGUUGACGAAGCAAACCUCGCUUGAGAAACCAAACUCAGCCCAGCCUUACAAUGGCAACAUCUGCAGGCAGCCAAAACUCAUUAAGAGACAUCGAGAACUUUCCACUACAGCCAAUGAAGCCGUCUGUCCCAUCCAGAAUUGACCGCAGUUACCCUUCUGUCACAACGGUCGACCAUGGACGUCACUGGUCACAGGGAACGGCUAUAUCUUCCGUGAGGACCGGAAGGCAUCAACGUAGUGCCGAGCAACCACUAUCAGGUUUCAGAGGUCAUGAUGGUCCAUGGACACCCCUGCUCUCAAUACUACGAAUUCUUCAGUUCUGGAAAGUACAAAGCCUGGGGGUCGGUGUAAGCCCCAUGUUCCACACUAGACGGCUUUUGGGUCAGGGCGCAUCCUUUGUGGUUGAAGAGGCAGUCUUACCUCUUCCCUCCACCACUCUUGUUGGCUUUAGACAGCUCAAUGUUCCCGAUCCUACGAAGAACACCGAGUUUACAGACCACACGGGUACCAAGUGGUCUGUACCUACCCAGGUUGCCUACAAAGCAACUGCUGUAGACGAAGCAAGAGUUGGUGGCCAGUUCUCUCGCCAACGAUUGAAAGAUACUCUAGUGGACCUUCAAGUCGUGUGUCAUGCUCCACUCCACAACCACCCGAACAUUGUUCGGCUUCUCGGCAUGGCGUGGCUGAGAGACGAGGAUUUAAGUACCAUAGAAGAUGAGCCACAUGCAGAGAACUACCCCUUAGAAUGGCCGACAAUUGUUACCGAAAGAGCACCCGGCGGGUCUCUACACAACUUCUUGACUUCGAAGACGUACACUUCCUCACAGGUUUCCCUUAAAGUCAAGUGGAGUUUAUGUCUCGACGUUCUCUGUGGUCUCGCCGCGCUUCACUCCUGCGGGAUAGCUCACGGGGAUAUCAAGACGGAAAACACACUAGUUUUCGAGAACAAUACCUCAACUGCUCAGAACUGGACAGCAAAGCUUUCCGAUUUCGGGUCAUCAAUUCUUCAUCUGAACAAAAGUACACCCGAUGGCCGUUCGAACGAAGAGUUCAGAGGAACGCCUUAUUAUCGCCCUCCUGAGCUUAGCUCGGGGCCUCGUCGCCUUCCGAAAGAUCAAGUCAGGAGCGCAGACAUUUGGUGUUGGGGUAUGCUUGUGUGGGAAGUAAUGCUUAACGGUUUUGAAGAGUUUUACUAUUAUCACGAUCAGGAUCACGUUCUUCAUCAAAUCGAUUAUGUCAAAAUGGACGAACUGCGUCAAAACGGGAAUCUGAAUCAAAGAGCAGUAUCAAGUAUCGCCGCGGUGUUACGGCAAUCCUACCAUAACGAGAAUGAUAGCCACCAGUUGGGCUCCUUAAUAUUGGGCAUUUUACAAUCUGUUCUCGAAAAUGAUCCAACUCGAAGGCCAUCUGCGAACGAAAUUUUCAGGAAGUUAGACUCUCAAAGUCUAGGAAGUAGAGCAAUUCCACCCGAAAAUGCUGGCGGUAAAUUAGUGAAGGAACUCGACGAUCUACCAUUCUUUGAUCUCACUAAGCACUACUAUGAUAUGAUGAAAUUCAAAACAAUCCCUCCCAGGGUGUUCGAUAAACUUGAAUCGCUAGCCAAGUUGAAUUCGAUGCCUGAUAACCCUCAAAUACAGUCCGCUGCAGCUUUACAGUUGGCCUUUUGUUACAGCACAGGUUGGGGAACGGAGAAGAAUCCUGCCCUUGCGGUCGAACACUUGAACCUCGCAGCUAAGGGCGGUUCCAAGAACGCAAUGGAGCUUUCCGCCCGUUUCCCCGCGGCUUUCGGAUAUAACACUGCUAGUCGCGAAGAGAUUCUUCCCUGGCUUCAUCAGUGUGCUCGACAGGGAUCUCGGGUUGCUGAAAGGGAUUUUACAAUUAUGUUUCCCCAGGAAGCUAAAGAAUUAAGGGCUGAGAAGAUACGCUUGAGUAGACAGCAUCUAGAGCCAAUUUUGAGGGAAUGGCUCUUGCGAUAUCCAGGACUAAUUGAUUCAUCUCCCUCGAGAUAUCAGAAAGACCUUGGGUCGACCAGCUCCGUUUCUCUUCUGUUAUCUGAGCUUGCACCUCGAGAAUUUUCAAAUUUCAUGAUUCGGCUGCACAACAACGCGGAAGCUUGUGCUUCCUACGUCAAAAUUGUGACAACGCUCAAUGAGGAGGGAGAUACUCCACUACUGGUUGCCGUUAAAGUUGGCGACUUUGAGCUGGCUCGGCUUCUUGUUUCGCAAAUGGAGGAGUUGGGCGUCUCGCAGAGAGAUACUACCGGUGCUACACCACUUCACUGGCUCAGUUUGUUUCCAUUCUCCGAAACUGAGGAUAUUGUGGACAUGCUGUUAAAUGCUGGUCUUGACCCAUAUCAAGCCACAACUGCAAACACUCAGGUUGCUGGCGCGGAUUACUUUCUAUCGGAAAUUGCAGCCGGCUCGACGGCACUAGAUUGGGCUACAGAGAACGACAAUGUUGAGUUGGUUCAAUAUCUCGUGGCAAGGACCAAUGCGCUAAAUGCCUCACCAACUGUGAGGUUCGAUGGGGUUAAUGCAUCCGGAGACGUUCUUGCAUGCGCAGCUCGUUAUUACAGCCACGAAACGAUCAGGGCUCUUUGUCCUACCUUGAACGCAGAAGCUAUCAACAGAUUCGACACCAGAGGAUUCUCAGCUUUCUAUUACUCAGUCCGGCCGAACUUGUUUGAACGAAUCCUUCGUUUUGUGCCAGGUGCUGUUCAUGCACCCUCUCGAACCGCCCGCAAUCUCGAGAUCGAGGCAAUCAAAAUGCUCCUCGAAGUCGGCUCAAAUAUGGAAAUUCACAAGGAGAACUUUUUCAACUGCCUCCACGUGUUGGCCUCGGUCGACGAUGUCGAUAUUUUCAAGGUUGUCCUGGAGGCCGACCUCCGGGAGGGUGACCCGCAGAAACGGCUCAUGAAUUCAUAUUCGAACUUUCGCGGAAAGUACUUUGCUGGGACUAGGCUCGGACGAACUCCGCUAGAUGUGUCGAUCAAGGAAGGGAAUGUUCAUACUGUGAAGCUGCUGCUAGAUGCAGGAGCAGAUCCAGCUAAAUGCCAAUUGGAUAGGUCAUCCAAGGGACCAGUUCGACAUGCCUUGCACAUCUGUGCAUACGCACCUUGGGAAAGUGCCGUUCCUUUGGCAGAACUCAUAGUUGGCAAAGACCCUUCCUCCGUUCAUGCUAUACACGGGUUUGAUAAAUUUACUCCAUUGCAUGAAGCUGCCUGGGCUGGCCAGAGAAAUUUGAUCAGGUUUCUUCUCAGCAAUGGCUCCGACCUCACUCCGAAGUCGACAUUAUACACUCCUUUGGGGGCUGCCAUAGCGUCCAGAUCCAUUACUGGUGUGAGAGUCUUAGCUCAAGCACACCACAAUGCAAAGAAGGGCCUUGUAGCCACUCUAGAUCAAAAAAGCUGGAGGUUUAGCGCCCUGAUAUAUGUCACCUAUUGCUCGGCGAUCAUGUUUCUUCUUAACCCUGGAGUUUCUUCAUUCCUGACUCCUAGACCUGGAGAUGAUCUUAGACCCGGAGACGAACAGUCUAAGCUGGGAGCUAGUCUUCAUCAAUUUGGUUGUCUGGAUUAUCCAUUCUCGCAGACUUCGCGGAUUAUUCUAGAUAUCCUCCUCAGGUACUACGAUAAGGCCGAUUUCCAAUGGUAUCCGUUUGCCACUCUUUGGAAGCAGGAUCUAUACCCGUGGUACUCCAGCGGCUUGCCGCAGGCGGUUCGACUUGCAGAUCUGGAGUUAUUCAAGAUGCUUAUAGAAUCUGGCAAAUUCGACCCUGACUAUGACUUUCUGGUCAACGUUGCCGUUCGACAGUUUAUCAUUAUGGACCUCCAUAUUGCAAACGACGACAAGAGGGUAGAGAUGACCAACUACCUCCGUCAUCUCCAAGUGAAACAAUUCAAUUCGAAAUGGGAUGCUCUAAGGUCCAUCUCUCAUUGGCCUCUGCGCUAUUACUGGCGUAUACAGUUCCAUAUUUGGGCACAGCCCAAACAGCGUCUCGCAAACCGAAUAUGGGAUGGCCUUGUUAGUGAGCGAAUGGACGAGAUGGGGGAUCCAUGGCGGGGAAGGUGGAAUUUGAGCGUACAAGUUACUCCUUAUGAUGAAAUGAUCGCUGUACCCAUCUGGCUGGUGACUUCCUGCAUGACCUGGUUCAUUUUUCUUGUUCCAAUGGUCAUUACAAGUGCCCUUGCGGCUCGUGAUCCAGCUUCUCAAUGGAGUGGGACUGAAACUGGAAAGUUAGUCGGGGUUGUACUUCUGACACUCACGGUUCCAUAUUGGAACAGGAUAAUGCGACUCGGAGUCGUCCAUUACGUCAACCAUCGUGCCGGGUACCCAGAAUCGUACAGCACAGUUCUCCUCCAAAUCGCCUUCGGUGUCAUAUUCCUCGCGCUCGUGGUCUAUGAAAUCUAUCUCAUAGACCACGAAAACGAACAGUUGCAACCAUUGGGACCGAACUACAACAAUCUUACCCCUCUUGCCAGGGAAGCUGUAACUCAGUUCUCCAGAUUUAGAACAGGGCUAAUAAUCUGGUUUAUUUUUACACAGAUGAUACCUAUGUUUUGGUUUAUCCUCAACAGGUUUAGGAAUCUGUGGUUCCUUCGAUGGCCACUGAAGAUUUAUUAUAUGUUUACGCACGAGGAGAAUGUGAGCAUUAGGAGAAAGGAAAAGAUUUUGGUUUAUAGGUAAAGCUGGCUAAAGAGGGUUUACUCUCUUGAAAAACUAGACUAAAUGUUGAAAGAAGGAAAGAAGGGGGAAGCAAGUUUUUCGAUCUCUUAUUAUGCUUUCGGUAUCCUGUAUUAAUAAAGAAAUGGAUUUAUGUGAGGGAGUAAUCGAAUGAGGCAUGGAAAUUGAGCAGGACUGGAUGAAAUGAAAGCUUUUAACUAACAUUUCUCGUGUGAUGUUAAAAAUUUGAUAUCAGCCUCAGCCCACUUAGCGGGAAGCAGGAGCGAGGACAUGGAGCAUGAGGUGGCGGCUGGCUAAAGUAAUAUUUAAUAUGUCCUCUAGUAAAUGUACG